GUUGUUUUCUAUCUCACAAGUACAUUCUCUUACACUUCCCUCUCGUUCCCAUCUCUUGUGAAUUGAUACCUGUCGGCAACUCUGCAGUGUGUUUCUAGGAUUUUGACACACGAUUUGUUACAGGAAACUUCUGUGUUGACGAUUCCCAGCGUCGCACCUUUCACCAACAGCCUGCUAUCUGACGCCAUUGGACCUUAUCGCUCUCUAAUCCAGUUACUCGACAACAUAUUCAUUACACUGCGGCAAGCUUAUCUAACCUUGCAGUCAUCCCAUCUCUUCCACCUUGGCAUACAAUCUGCUCUACCACAAUGGCAGACCGCGCCCAAACUCCCCCAUCACAAACACCUUCUGCGGGCUCAACGAUUACACCCAUUCCUGCGACACCUGGAAGCCGUCGUCCAUUCCGCCCUCGCACUCCAGGCGGCCCGAUCAGCAGCCCCAUCCCGCCACGUAUGAGCAGUCCGUUUCCGCCUCGCACUCCCGGAGGCGCAACCACACCCGGCGGCACAAUAACAGCCUGUUCUUUGAACGCAUCUGACUUCGCCACAGUCAAAGUCCACACCGCAAAGUGUUCAGAAUGCGACAAGCGCAACAUGGACACCAUGCGACGCUGUCCAGGCUGCACCUUCCAAGUGUGCAAACCGUGUUAUGACCGUAGGCAAAGGGAAGGCAGAAACCUGGCACACGGCAAUAUGCAGGGUCCUGCAACACCGAUGACAGGUGGGGGAGCGAGCAUAGUGAAGAGGAGGAAACCGGCUAGUGUUGUUGUUACACCUGGCGUGGUUGGUACACCUGGCAGGAUGGGUGCUUCUCGACGUGAGGUGCAAGAGAAUGAUGAGACCGUGGUGAGCGAGGAAGGUGAUAAACCUGCAUCCAUACCGAAAAAGCGUGCAGCCAAACCCAAGAAGAAGGAUUCUUCCAGUGACGAGUCGUCUGGCGACGAGUUCGUGCUUGAGGGCGACUCUCCCACCCCGGGUAAGCGCCGUCGCACGCUGGGAAGUACACCCACCGCGACAAGCAUUCGGCCAUCACGCAAGCAGCCUGACAACUCGGCUCCUCUACAGUACAUUCGUAGUCCUCCCACUUCUGCUCCCACCGACACUGCCUUCAGCACGUCAUUCGGCACCCGUCCCAGCACACUUGACCACGACAUCCUCAUGCAAGCAGUCGGUGUAAACACCCCCGAGAACCCCUACCAGCAGCACCUCCUCAGCCGCCAAAACCCCGUGAUCUCAAAUCCCGUCAUAGCCAUCCCAGACAUCGUAAAGCGAGGCUUCAAGCCGCGCCCCCGAGCCACAGAGGCGCUGAAAACCAUCCACGAGCAAGCUGUAGCAAAGUCCGAGGCUGCGCACCAUGUCGCUCCAUCAUCCCCGCCCUCUCAAACUAUCCGCAGCCUCCUCGCUUCCGAAGUCGUCAGGUACUAUCAAGACACCCCUCUCGACGAUGAUGAGAAAGAUGAACUCCUCUCCACGGUCAAGGAAGCAGCUCGGAAAUGGGCUGUCAGACUGUACAACAGCCUCCCCGCUACAGCCUUGAAACACGUAACACGUGGUCUUGACAUGCGUCUCGAGCAUAUUGAGGAAGCGCAAAGGAUCGAACUCGACGUAUUGAUUGGGGACGUCGCAGCAGGGAAGAUGACGGAGCUUUUAGGCGACAACUGGGCGACUUGUUCUGGUCCCUCUAUUCUUACGAAGACAAACAGUGCGUCGUCGUAGAAUGGCGGUGUGUUUGGGCGUUUGUUUGAGAGAUCGUGAAUCGGAAGCAUUGUUGCAUGGUCGACUGCUGGUAUUGUCUUUGCUGCGGUUUUUGCAUGAGAUAUCCUUUGUGAUUGUCUUUGGGUUAUGCUGCGGCAUCUCUUCAUAACAAGUCGGUUAGUUCUCCAACUUUCCCUCUCUCUUUCAAGUCUGGGACCCGGGGUCCAGUCUUAAGGCCAAAGCGGCAUCGAUGAUGGACUGAUACAUAUGUUGUGUCGGCAGAGUAGUCUCAUUUUGCAUCUCAGUAAGCGUCUCUACUGGGAUUGGACUCGUCGUCACAUUGCCAUUGUGGAGUGCGAACUUUACACGUGGUGGGAGCUGUGUAGUGUAAUGUAGACUGGAUAUUGAACUGCCAGUUAUCAUCAGCUUGUGUUUGAGAGAGGAGCGUGAACCUGUCAUUGACCUUGG